CUCCAGCUCUCCGUCAUCUCCCUCCAUCUCCCUCCUCUCCCUGGGCAUCUUCCUCUCUUUCCCUCUCUCCCUCCCAUUCCCAUUCCCAGACACCCCCCCUCCUACCCUGUGCCUAGAGUGCCAGGGACCCCAGCCUCCCAGUACCCCACCACCCUCCUUGUUGCUUUUGGUCUUCUUGGCCCAGCUUGGAACUUCCCACCUCGGGAUUGGGAAUCCUGCUCACAAAGCCGGGGUAGCUCGGGGCUGCAGCCAGUACACAUGUCCAGGACCCGGGGCUGAGCGGCUGUGCCUUCCUCACAUACUGCGCCAGGGACUCUGCCAUCAAAGCUCAGACAGCCUUGCACGAGCAGAAGACCCUGCCAGGGAUGGCGCGGCCGAUCCAGGUGAAGCCGGCGGACAGUGAGAGCCGUGGAGGUAGGGACCGGAAGCUGUUCGUGGGCAUGCUCAACAAGCAGCAGUCGGAGGAAGACGUGCUCAGGCUCUUCCAGCCCUUUGGCGUCAUAGACGAGUGCACAGUGCUUCGAGGACCGGAUGGCAGCAGCAAAGGCUGUGCCUUUGUGAAGUUUUCUUCCCACACAGAGGCCCAGGCCGCUAUCCAUGCCUUGCAUGGCAGCCAGACUAUGCCGGGAGCUUCCUCCAGCCUGGUGGUCAAGUUUGCCGACACGGAUAAAGAGCGGACACUGCGGCGUAUGCAGCAGAUGGUUGGCCAGCUGGGCAUUCUGACGCCGUCCCUCACCCUGCCCUUCAGCCCCUACAGUGCCUACGCCCAGGCUCUCAUGCAGCAACAGACAACAGUGUUGUCCACCUCCGGCAGCUACCUGAGCCCUGGUGUGGCCUUCCCUCCCUGCCACAUCCAGCAGAUUGGUGCCGUCAGCCUUAACGGUCUGCCUGCCACGCCCAUCGCUCCUGCCUCUGGGCUACACUCACCCCCUCUGCUAGGCACUGCCGCUGUUCCUGGCCUGAUGGCACCCAUUCCCAACGGCUUCCCAGGCGUCCUGCCCUUUCCCGGGAGCCACCCUGCCCUGGAGACUGUGUAUGCCAAUGGCCUUGUGCCCUACCCAGCUCAGAGCCCCACUGUGGCAGAGACCCUCCAUCCUGCCUUCUCCGGAGUCCAGCAGUACACAGCCAUGUAUCCCACCGCGGCCAUCGCGCCCGUGGCACACAGCGUUCCGCAGCCUCCGCACCUCCUGCAGCAGCAGCGCGAAGGUCCCGAAGGCUGUAACCUGUUUAUCUACCACCUCCCCCAGGAGUUUGGAGACACGGAGCUGACCCAGAUGUUCCUCCCCUUCGGCAAUAUCAUCUCCUCCAAGGUGUUUAUGGAUCGGGCUACCAACCAGAGCAAGUGUUUCGGAUUCGUGAGCUUUGACCACCCGGCCAGCGCGCAGGCGGCCAUCCAGGCCAUGAACGGCUUUCAGAUUGGAAUGAAGAGGCUGAAGGUGCAGCUGAAGAGACCCAAAGACCCAGGACACCCGUACUGACCACGCCCACAGCCCCUUCGUGCUGUGGGUGUGGCCCCAGUCUCAGCACUUUCUUUGGGACUGAACUGACUUUAAAAGGUGGAACCAACUGCACAGUGACUUCGUGGAGGUGCAGCUCCGCUAGCCAGCAGCAGCCUACAGAGCACCCAGGAAUACUUUUUCUUUCGGGUUUGUUUUUUUUUUUUUUCUUUCACCACCCAGCCCAGGUCCUGGUACAGAUCGACUGUCUUUAAUCCUUCAGUGUUUUUUGUCCAUAAUCUGGGUCUUUUGGGCUUUAUCUAUCUAUUUUUUGCUUCGAUUAGGAAACCCACCAGUCAGGUAGAAACCCCUGGACCGCUGCCAUAUUUUCAGUUUUAACCCAGUGUCCUGGGAACCAUCAUCCACUCUGGGCUGGGGACGGAGGUUCCAUGUCAGGAGCAAAUGUCCCCAGACUGAUGGUGACUGUCUGGAACUGUUAUUUUGAAAACGCUGGGGUUUUCUUGCCAGGACAAAGUGGGGCAGGGUAUUCAGUGCCCCACUCCCCUCCCUCCCACUACUCCCCAAUGUUCCCCCAUCCUCCCCAGGUUGAGCGGUUCCCGCUUCCAACCACUCCAGGACUUUUAUGUAAAUUACAGCCAAGUUUGGACACCAGCUCUCCCAGUGACCCCCAUCCCCCACCUGUCCCCUACUCACGGCCCCCCAAAUUCCAAAGCCACCGAAAGCCACUUGAGGUACAGAAGGCUCCAUGGUGUGUCGUGGUGCAGGGAACAGGAGUCUGAGCCCGGGUCUGAGGG